AUGGUUAUGGUUACCGAAUGCGAACAGACACCGCUCUUGGGCAGCAAUGCCGGCAGCACGGGCAUUGCUUCAAACCUCGAACGCUUUCGCGAGGCCAUCGGAAUAGAAAGCACCUCCUUCGGUAUCAACCAUGACCUCGAAUCUGCCCGCAGGGACGCAAAAGGUCUCUACAAACAAAUCCUCCUCCUCCAACGCUGGCGAGCCCGCCAAUACCACAUCGUAAACACCAUCUACUACUUCGCUCUCGGCCUGCAAGUCCUCAUCGGCGCAGUCCUAGCCUCCCUCGGUCCUCUCUCCAAAUUGCAUCCUACAGCAAUCACAAUCCUGGGUGUGCUCAACGCCUCUUUAGCAGGAAUACUAGCACUACUAAAAGGCCAAGGACUACCGGAUCGCUUGCGAAAAGACGAGUAUCAGAUGCGAAAGGUGCAGGAUUUCAUCGAGGAGACGGACAUCCGCCUUGCGAUUUCGGGGGAGGAUAUUAGUAGGAAGGAGUUGUCGGAUCUCGUGGAGCGGGUUUUUGCGAAAUAUCAUACGGCAAGGGAUACGGCUCAGAUGAACAAACGAAUGAGUUAUGCUCAUCAAUCGGAAGUUCCACAGGUUGAUGGAUCGGGUGUGUCUGGGGAUGUACAGCCUGGAAAGGGGUUUAUGAAGAGGAAUUUCGGUACGGACGAUGAGGAUCAGAAGGGGAAGGGGAAGUUUUUGAUUGACUAG